UCCCGUUAUUGGUAGAAUAUUGAACUUCCUGUUGGAUGAAAAAAAAUGAAUCCAAUAUCAGGGGGAGAUAAUCCAUCUGCUGCUAAGAAGUUACGAACAGAUAGUAAUGAUGAAGCAGCAGUAUCUACAAUGGGUAUCAUUCCAACCACAACCUGUUUACAAUCCAGACCUAUCAGUCUUACUAUAGCCAAUGGAAUGAUAAACUGGAAGACAACAACAGAGCAUGCUGCUAUUCCUGUUUCCAUGGUGAAGGGAAGGACAGUUCAGUCUGGACCGAUGAGAUUUUCUACUCCAAGCCCUAGGGGCAAUAUAUCCUUUCUAAACCAGUCCCAAAUACAGAAUGUUGGUUCUAGUGGUAUGGUAACAGUUAGACCUGGAAAUCUAGCUUUUACUGUUGCCAGACCAGGAGGUGUCCAGACAAUGCAAGGAGCUGUACAACAGAAACAGGCACCAGGAGGACAGGUUCAGUUUCAAGUUGGACCACAAACAACACAAGGCAUUACCACACAGAAAGUGAUCCAAGGUCAAGUUUCUUUGUCACAGUUGUCAGGUGGAAUUGUUGCCCAACAGAUUCCUAAUGCUGCAGUUCUAAAUCAACAGCAGCAACAACUGAUCAUACCAAAUUUUCAGACAACCAGAUAUAUCCGGCCACAACCGGCUAUAAGUGGACAACAAGCUAAAUUAUCAACAGUGCAGACAACAAACCAGCCAAUAUUUUCUGUCAGACCAAUUGCUCAAAUACCAUUAGUUACAGGUGCUAAUAGUAAAACAGACACAAAUGCCCAGCCUUCUAAUAUUAUGACUGUUCAACAACAGGCUAGUCUGCUUCAACAGACUGGAAAAUCCCAGGCACUUAAAGGACAACAACAACCAUUGGUUAGUCAGAUACAGCUACAAAAUGCAAAAGGACACUCACAAGUUACUUUUACUAUAAAUACACAGGCUGCUGGCCAGGUGAGGCUCAAUCCAGUUAUCCAGAGUAAUAAGGCACUUCCUAACCGUAAUCCAUCUACUGUUUUAAUCCGACCACCUAUCCGUCAAACCACUCAGCAAAUCCCACCUAAAUUGAAUAUUAAUCAGCAAAGUGUAGCUCAGUCUAGUAUUAUAGUUCAGUCCCCUGUCAAUAGAUUCCAGUCACCAGGUAUGAAAGCUCACAUCAUUGAAAAUUCAAAGAAAAAUCAACAGGCAACACAAUAUAUGAUUUUGUCCCAAAAUAAAAAUUUGGUUCCAAUGCCUGUUAUGCAACAGGAUACAUCACAUCAGAUUCCAACUCCUGUUUCGGAACUAGAUGGAUUAAUGCCAGAACUGACAAAGAAAACAGAUUUACCAGUAGUAGAAACAAAACAAAAAACAACUCGAAAAAACUCAGCUACUUUAGCUGCUAACGAAAAUACAACCUUGCCGCAAGUUGUUACAUCUCUUGGUAAUGUUGAAAAAAAUCUUCUUGAAAAUCAGAAUAUGGCUAAUCAAUUGAAAGAUAUUAUUAAGUUAAAUGAAAUGGCUUCUGGAAAUAUGAAUUCAUCUGGUAUUGUUCAGAUGAUUGUAGAAGAUAAACCGGAAUGUUUGCCAGUUGUUGAUUCUACUGUAAAGGAGGAACCAUCUAAUGUGGAGGAAUCUAUUGGUACUACAGUAAAAGAUGAAAAAACAGUAGAACCUGUCAAACAAUUUAAAAGUGAAAAAGGAGACUUUGAGAAGCUUUUAAAAGAAAACAAAAUCACAAUAGAAAAUGAAAUGACAGAAGUUAAAAUGGAAACUAAAAUGUCAGUAAAAAAUGAGCCUGGUGAAAAUUCCUCAGAAUCUGUGAAACAAGAACCAAACGAUAAUGUGAUGGAAAUUGAUGAAGUAAAGAAUGAAAAACAAACUUUGGAAGAAGAGAAAAAAGAAGAAAGUAAAGAUGUAGCAGAUUAUGAAGCGUUAACAUGGAAAGAUGGAGUAGGGACAUUGGAGGGGAGUGAACUAAAGUUUACUCUGAAUGAGUUUGGUUGUGUUGAAGUAAUAACUGAAGAAUUAGAAUGUGAUGAGACAUUGAAUACCAGUAGUGAGACUGAACAGAGUAGGGAUGUUACAGAGGCUGGAGAUAAUGUGUUUAAAGAGGAUACAGAAAUGAAAGAAGAAAAAGCAGAUGAAAGUGGUGACAAGAAAGAUUUAGUGUGUCAGUGUAAUCAUUGUGGAGAAUAUGGAUUUUACAGUGAAUUCUGUCAGAAUGGACAGUUCUGUAGUCAGACUUGUGUGGGAGCAUAUCAGUCAAAAAGAGAACGAGAGGUAAAGAAAAAUAAUUUGGUAUCUAAGAUGGUACUCGGCAUGAAGAAGAAAAGAAAGAAACUACUUCUGAUGAAGGGAGAAGAUGAUAUAAAAACAGCACCAGGGAGAAAAUCCAAAACCUUUUCCUGGACAACCUAUAUAUCUGAAGAGAAAUGUCCAGCAGCACCUCCAAGAUUGUUUAAAAAUGCAUUCCCGUCUCACAAGAAUGGAUUUAAAUUAGGUAUGAGAAUGGAAGGCAUUGAUCCAAAGCAUCAGACACUGCUAUGUGUAUUAAGUGUUGCAGAAGUCUGUGGAUACCGUGUAAGACUACAUUUUGAUGGUUACUCAGAAUGUUACGAUUUCUGGACCAAUGCAGAUUCACCCUAUAUAUUCCCUGUUGGAUGGUGUGAGAAAAAUGGAAAAACCUUGCAGCCUCCUAAAGGAUUCAACAAAGAUACUUUUAAUUGGGCAACAUAUUUAAAACUAGCUAAAGCUAUAUCUGCUCCAAAGCAAAUGUUCCACAACCAACCUAACACACCUGUGACUCCAAGUUUGUUUAGAAUAGGCAGUAAAUUGGAGUCUGUUGACAAGAAAAACAAUAAUUUAGUGUGUGUGUCUACAGUAGUAGAUACUAUGGGAGACAGAGUUUUGAUACAUUUUGAUGGAUGGGAAGAUACAUAUGACUAUUGGUGUGACAUUACCUCCCCGAACAUACUUCCUGUUGGCUGGUGUGAGGAGCAAGGGUUACCAUUAAAUCCCCCAUGUGAAUGGAAAGGUGCAACAUUUAGAUGGGAUGAAUACCUGGUAAACACAAAGUCAGCGGCAGUCCCAGCCAGAGCAUUUAAACCUAGAGCCCCACUUGGAUUUGAAGUUAGUAUGAAGUUAGAAGUUGUUGACAAGAGAAAUCCUAUCCUAAUAAGAGUAGCCUCUGUUGUUGAUACUGAUGGACAUCUGAUAAAGAUACAUUUUGAUGGAUGGGCUGACAGUUAUGACUACUGGAUGGAUGACGAUUCUUUGGACAUUCAUCCGCCAGGCUGGUGUGCUAAAACAGGACAUCCUCUCACAGCACCUAUAUCUCCAGAAGACAUUAUCCAUUCCCCUGGACAGUCUGGAUGUCCCACACCUGGUUGUAAAGGAAUAGGACAUAUUAAAGGGGCCAAAUAUAUAGGACAUCAUAGUGCUUUUGGUUGUCCAUAUUCAGCAUUGAAUAUGAAUAGAGAAACAACACUCCAAGAUCGGUUAGGGUCAACACGUGCUGAGGAAGGACAGUCGACGCCUAUGCCAGGAUCUGGAGACGAUCAGUCGUUAGAUGGAACAGGAACAGAUACACAAACAGCAGAGGCACAAUCUCCUUCAUCCCAAGAAAAUACGAAAUGUGAGACCCCUGGAUGUGAUGGAUCAGGUCAUGUGACUGGUAGAUUUACAUCUCAUCACAGAAAGUCAGGUUGUCCCCUUGCCCAGGAAAAUCUCAUAGAAAAACAGAUGCAACAGUACAGACAACAGUUAGAAGUCAAACCUGGUUUUAAAGUGAAAUCCACUAGAGGAAGAAAACCUAGAAGUUAUUACUUGAAUAUGGGUGACAGAGGGCCAUUUAAAUCACAUCUUACCACGAAAAAGGAAAAGGAAUAUAAAGAAGGUCAGAAUCUAGCUGAGAGAAAAGUUGAAUCGUCAAUUCACAAAUCUGUGUUUUCUUCUUCCAUCAUCAAACCAUCUAAGGAUCUUCCUUUAGGUUGGGAACAACAUUCCAAACUUUUACCCGGUGUUAAUCGAGGGACAGAUAUCAGCAGCUGGUCUGUUGAAGAUGUCUGCCAUUUUGUACGCAAUUUACCUGGAUGUCUUGACUAUGUCCGAACUUUCAAGGAGGAGCAAAUUGAUGGUGAAGCUUUUCUUCUGAUGGACCAGACAGAUCUGCUGAAGAUUUUAAAUUUAAAACUGGGACCUGCUUUAAAAAUAUACAACAGUUUAUUAAUGUUCAAGAAUUCCCUAGAUGUGUGAAAAGUUAUUGAAUACUGGUUAUUAUAUAUAUAGAGUCUUAAUUCUACCUGAAGAACCAGAAGAAAUUAACAUUUUUCAAAUAUUCCCUAGAUGGGUGAAACAUUUUAUAAUAAUAAGUAUAAUAUACAGAAAGUAUAAGAAGAGUGUAAAAAACCCAGAUUAUUUAUUAUUAUUGUUACAGGAAUUUUCUCUUCUAAAUAACAUCAAAUAUACACAACAUGUUUUAGAGCAUGUGUUGCUUUAAGUAACUUGUCUUUUUUUAAGAGCAUUCGCAAUGUUUUGAAGUAUAACUAAAAUCAGGCAAUUUUCUCCAGAAAUGAAUCAUGCAGGUGUUGGAGAGAGGAGUGUUAGGGAGGAUGGAAAAAUGAUGGGGAUAGACAUAUGGAAGAGGAGGUUUGGAGAUGAUAGGAGAUUCCUCUCUUUCUAAUAGAAGGGAGGGAGGAAGGAGAAUAUAAACAGAAGAUAGCUACUUUUCUCUGCCAAUCCGUAGAGUUAACUUUUUCUACAUACUGAGAAUAUAUUGUGAGGAAUGUAGUGUCUAAUCUCCAUAUUUCAAUGUUUUAUCAAAAUCUUUUUACCUCAAUAAUACACAUUGUUUAUCGAGUUCUUAAUUGGAAUUUACUGUAUUUUACCUCCUCCCCCUCAUAUAUUGAAAUAGUCAUUUGUCUUUAAGGUGUUUAACACCAAAGUUUGUUAUAGGUUUUAAAGAUGUUUACACUUUAUCAUUUUGGAUAAAGACUGUGAUAAAUUUAAGAGAAGAAGUAGCAAUACACUUUAUAGGUUGAUUUUAAUAGACUCCUAUUUAUUACAUAUAUUAUUUUGAAUGGUUAAAAUAUUUUAUUAUAAUUAAAAAAACAACAAGAAGGAUAACUCAGUAUUUUAUAUAAUUCUUGAAAUCAUUGAAAUUAUUGUUGUUUCAUUGAACAUGUGAAUUUAUUUUUAUCACUGUGAAAAAUCUCAAGCUAAGCAUCUUGAAGAUGACAAUUUAUUAUUAUCAUUGUGAAGAAUCUCCUGUUAAACAGCUACAGAACACCCUGAGUGACAAGGGUGCCAAUGGCAAAAAUUUAUGGAAUCAUUUAGCAUUGAUUUGAUAAUGUUAAGUGUAUGCUAUACAAUAAUUCAAAUAAACACAGCCCUUAUUUGUCAACCAAUUCCUAGAGGUUUCAUUGGUCAUUCUUAUCCAAGUUUGGUCGAAAUGGUACAAGAUUCUCCUAGGUAUUUCAGUGGAUUUGCUUGCUACAUCAGUAUUUUUUUUCCUUCAAAAAAUAAUUAUCAAAUGUAUUUAGAUGUUAUAAAUUGUAACAAUUAGGGUUGUAUUGAUGCUUGUUUAAUAUGUUACCAAUAAAAGUAAAUGAAAAAAUAUAAUCCAUCUUUCGGCAGCUUUCUAUUCUCUGUGAUACUCUGAAGAUUAUCAAAUCUUAAGUUUAAAAAUUCUUUAAAAUGUCAUUGAAGACAGCUUACUUUUUUACCUAAAUUAAGACAGAACCAGUGUUAAAUCAUAUUUCUCAAUCUUAGUAUCCAAAUACCUAUUACAUUCGAAACCUAAAUUAAAUUGUAGUCCAAACUCAUAAUUUCCAGAGACAAUCCAUACUGGGUUGCACAAUACAUAAUAUUCAUCAGGAAUUUUGUUUGGUGCUAUUAUCUUCAUGCAGAAAAUGUUCUUAGAUUUGUCUUGAUGCAGUUAAGAAUGUGAUUAAUAGAAAGGAAUUGAUGUAGCCUUGGUUUUUUGUAUUGUUUUUGUAUGAUUGGAUGAAUGUUUAUGAGUGUUAUUGUGCUAUGCUUUGUUUAUAUAAAGACAUUGUUUCGUUAAUUUUAAAAGCUUAAAACAUGUUACUUAUCAGAUUUGUUUAACCUAAGAAAAAAAUUGAAUCAGGCGAAAAAUUAGUUUGCAUUGUAGAUUGCAUGUGUAAUAUUGAAAUCAUGUCCGGGAUUGUAAAAAUGUGGUAUGGAUUGGUGGCUAAUAUUGUACUCUUGAUUUGUGAGGCAUUUAAUUUCAUUUUGAACCUUACUUCAUUUUGUUCCUAUCUUUGAAAUGCAAAAAAAAUACAUUUAACAGGUUAAAUACUUAUUAUCCCAUGUUUGGGUAUCAUGCUAGUUUUGGUUAAGAUAAGGUAAAUAUGAAAAACUAGGUUGUUUUUUUUUGGUAAACACAAAAUUUGUAGGAUUGUAUUUCCAGUUACCGGUAUUAAAAAUUUCUUGAAAAAUGUUAGUGGUGAAAAUUUGUCACAGGGAUCAAAUAAUUAUUCUGAAUAUACUAAAUGGGCCACAUAUAAAUCUGUAACAUUUGGAAACAGGCUAUUAUUUCAACUUGGAAUUAUUUUGAAUUAUGGAAUUUCCAUAAUUUCUUGUGCUUGAAAUUUUUAAUAAAUUCCAUGUUUAUUCUUUAUUAUAAUGUUUUGAGGGGUGCAUAACACUUUCCAUACAAUGUAUUUUGUAUAGAAAGUGUUGUGCGCCGCACAGUACAUUCUAUUGAAAAUGUGCUAUCUUCUUUUUAAUAGAAAGUGUUGUGUGCUGCACAGAACAUUAAAAUACAGAAUAAACAUGGAAUUUAUUAAAAAUUUCAAGCACAAGAAAUUAUGCAAAUUCCAUAAUUAAAAAUAAUUCCAAGUUGAAAUAAUUGCAUGAUUGGAACAUUUUACUUAAAAAGGAAAACAAAAGAGAGUGAUUGAGGAAGGAUUGAAUGCUGUGAUUUUGAGGUAUAAAUAUGUUUUUGUUAUGUUUUGUAUGAUGCUGAAAAUGUGAUAAAUAAAUUUAAUAUAAAGGUAA